CGCGGCCCGACAAGAAGCACAGGCGGGUUUUGCUGCAGCGUUGGAAGGUGCCUUCUCGGAGUCUCCGGGGAAGAGACGGCGAGACUUUACCUGAGCAGCCGAUGGGGAUUUUCUGCUUUCGUGGCUUGAGUUUUCUGCCCUGCAAUAGUUGUCUGGUCUGACCCUGCGCUCGUCUGCUUGUCAGGGAAGCAAGAUCGUCACUAGGAGCUUGGGACAGGCGAAGAAGCCUUGCGACGGCGGCAGCGGCGGGCGACUGGUGCCCACUGCUCGCCGCGGGCCCCUCCCCUGCGAUGGGGAAUGGGUUGUCGGAGCAGACGCCGAUCCUGUCGAGCCUGCCUUCCUUCCAGUGCUUCCACAUCGUGAUCUUGGGGCUGGACUGUGCCGGCAAGACCACCGUCCUCUAUCGGUUGCAAUUCAACGAAUUCGUCAACACUGUGCCCACUAAAGGCUUCAAUACGGAGAAAAUCAAGGUGACGCUGGGAAACCACAAGACCGUCACUUUUCACUUCUGGGACGUCGGAGGCCAGGAGAAGCUGCGGCCGCUUUGGAAGUCCUACACCCGCUGCACGGACGGCAUCAUCUUCGUGGUGGAUUCCGUGGAUGUGGAAAGAAUGGAAGAAGCAAAAACGGAACUUCACAAAAUCACACGGAUUUCCGAAAACCAGGGAGUGCCUGUGCUCAUUGUGGCCAACAAGCAGGACUUGAGACAUUCACUGUCGCUUUCGGAGGUGGAAAAGAUGUUGGCAACCAGCGAGUUGACCUCUUCGACUCCCUGGCAUCUGCAGCCCACUUGUGCUAUAAUCGGAGAUGGGCUUAAAGAAGGGCUGGAGAAACUGCAUGACAUGAUAAUUAAACGAAGGAAAAUGCUGAGGCAACAGAAGAAGAAAAGAUGAGCUGCUGUGACUGUAGGGGUGAAUUUCUUCUUGGUAUUUGACAAAAAAAAAAAAAAAAAAAGUCGGCAGCACCAGACUUGCUCAUUUGGAUCUUGUACAGAUUGAUUAAACAUGCAGCCUGGUGGGAAGUUUUGCAGGCAGAUGAUUUUAUCAUUUCCCUAUAUGUAUUUGGGCACUACUACUUAAAAAAAAAAAGCAGCUCCCUUGUUACAUAGUACAAAGAGUUCAGGAAACAGAUGGGUGGGUAAAUGUAAUCUGGAUAUCUAAAUAACCAAAUAAAACAAUAAAGAGUGGUUUGCUUGAUGGUAUAGUCAUGUCUGAGAGUGCCUUUGCAAGAAAAUUGCAUUCAAGGCAUUUUUCACCUACUGCUUGUGUGAGUAGGGUGUUUAGAUGAAUAUACAGCUUUAAAACAAUAUCUAUUAACAUGCCUGGAUCUAGACAACCAGUAUUUAAGAGGCUGUGAAUGUGAAAGAUUUGUUGAAUGGUAUAUGCUUUUAACUAGUUUCUCUUAAAAUACUACUUGGAACUCAAAUGAUGUGAACUACCACUAUUGUGGUAGUCAUGUUAUUUGCAGCUUGAUAGAAAAAAUAUUGACUAUGUAAGAGUAUGGAUGAGUUUCCUGAUAAUAUAGCAUGUCUUGGUGUGUAGGAGUUAUUUAGAAAUAGCUGUGCAUCUUUAAAGCAGUGCUAAUCAGAUUUGGACCAUGCUUAUUUGUUCCAAGAAGACAUGUUUUAGACAAAAAACCCAAACAAUUAGACAAAUGUAAACUAUUACCAUAAGGAGUUUCAGGAUUCUUAUAGUGCAAUAUUACCUUUAGAUUAAAUUGAUGGCAAUAAAAUUUGAUAGUGGUUCAGUAUAAGUCAAACUAACAUCAGCAAAGCUACAUGUCCUUUGUGCCCAAUAUUGUUGAAAUGUACUGCCAGGUUUUUGUAAAAAAAAAAAAUGUUUUGUAGUACUAAGAAUGUACUUAAUCUUUAUACACUUGAAAACUUUGACACUGUGGAAAACAAGAGUUUAAAGAUGACAUGUCUGUUCUAAUUAUGCUUUAAGCUUUUCUUGUUUACGGUCAUGCAAACAGUGUUUGAGUUGGGAUGGCAUGUAAUAUUGAAACAUGUUUCUUAUUGGUACAAUUUUUUUCCAAAAAAAAUCAGUUGGUAUGGGUAGCAGGUCAAAGGGCUAAAGUGAAGCCUGUAUUACUCUACUGGUGCUGUGAGAAAUUAUAAUUCCAAUACUAAAUGAACUUGAAAGGAACAUAGAUUUGCCCUUCCUUCAGCACAACCAACGAAGUUAGUAUGAUUUUAUUGAUCAGAUAUAGGGAGGGUUAACUAUUGUUCUGACUGUUAAGAAAUAAAAACUUCUGCAAAAUCAAAUUUUAUAGCCAGAAACUGGUUAGAAGGUAACCAAAAAUGCACUUUAGUGUUUUCCAAUACUGAAAGUGUAAGCUUUUUUUAAAAAAAGAAAAGAAAUCCUGAUCCUUUUUGAAAGAAUUGAAGUAGCUUCUAAUGGAGCUUUUGUAUGGUGGUUAUAUGUAUCUGCACUAGUGACAUUAAAAGUCACUUAAUGUCUAUAUUUAUAGAAAUGUAGAUAACUUCUUAAACCUCAAUAAACUCAAUUCCAAGUAAUCAUUGAAACACAAGUUGAACACAUUUUAUUAUGUUGAUUUUGCUUUUUAUUAAGACUCUGCAUGAAACUGAACUCUAUUCAUGUGACAUUUGUAAAAUGUGACAAUGUUUUUAAAAUCACUGGUAUCUCAUUAAAAUUUUAAUGGCAAUUUGCAUUAUGUUUUGUCUGUUUAUAACAAUGAAAUAUAAUUGUUGAUACAA